AGGACACUAACGUUAGAGAUAAUAAGGAAAAAUAAAAUGCUGUACUUUGUGUACUUUAUCCCACACCCUAUUAAGUAAAUACUUAUUUUGCCGGUCUUCUCUGCACAGCAAACGUACAUGUAAUAUAACGCGCCCAUAAUUAAGACAUAAUAUACUCGCAAGCUGUGAAAUAAACGAACAUUUUCGAGAUGCAGGAAGAGAACAUUCUACAUGGACCGCCUGUGUCUAUUCCAGAAUUCAAAAAUUUAUCUAUAGGUCAAUUGAUUUUGAAUCAAUUGAAUGUUCAUAGUUCUUGGGUGGCACAGGUAAAUGCUUACACAGGAAAGAAACAAACAUUUAAAGAAAUUCUAGACAUUAGUCGAAAGCUAGCAAUUGCUAUUGAGAAAGAAGGGUUGAAGAAAGGCGACCAUAUAGCUAUAUGCAGUGAGAACAAUACAGAGUUUUGUAUACCAGUAUGUGCUGCACUUUAUUUAGGUGUUACUGUUUGUCCAUUGAAUCCACUUUAUACGGAAAUGGAAUUAAAGCAUGCAUUAAAUAUAACGAAACCAAAGUACAUCUUUGCAUCCGCAAUUGGAGCACCUAACAUGCUCAAAGUAUUGCCUCAACUACUGUGGUUACCAAAGAUAAUAAUGCUAACAGAUUCCAGUGAUAAUAAGAUGCCAAGUAUCAAGAGCUUAACAUUAGACAUAGCUACCGAUAAUAAUUUUUGCGCACGUUUAAUAGAUGUCAAGGAUCAUGUAUCGGUCAUCUCAUACUCCAGUGGUACUACAGGAUUGCCAAAAGGAGUGAUGUUAACAAACAAAAAUUUUUUAUCAAUGAUAAGACACUUUGCUUUUGCAUCUCCCGAAAUUGUAAACACUAAUGCAGUAACUUUAGCUUUAUUGCCAUUUUUUCAUGCGUAUUCUUUCUCUGUUCUACUUGUAAGACUAGUAUUUGGGAAUCAAAGUGUCAUUCUUUCACGUUUCGAAGAAAAAAUAUUUUUACGUACCAUUCAGAAGUACAGAAUUGAGCAUAUAACUGUUGUACCACCGCUUAUGGUGUUUUUAGCAAAGCAUCCUAUCGUAGACAAAUACGAUUUGUCUAGUAUCAAACAUAUUUGGUGUGGUGCAGCACCUUUAUCCGAAGAAAUCGCAAAAAUAGCCGCAAAACGACUGAACGUGCCAAGUAUAAAACAGGGUUACGGAUUAACAGAAACUACACUAGCUGUGAUUAAUUCGCCAAAUAAUAGCAAUAUAAAAUACGGAAGUGUGGGGAAGCUAGGUCCAGGGAUAUCUGCAAAAGUAAUACCGUUUGAUAAGGAUGAACCAAGUAGAAACCUAGGACCAAACAAUAUAGGAGAAUUAUGUUUCAAAGGAGAUUUAAUAAUGAAAGGAUAUUAUAAAGAUGAAAAAGCUACAGCAGCAACAAUUGAUAAGGAUGGCUGGUUGCAUUCUGGAGAUGUAGGAUAUUACGAUGAAGAGGGUUACUUUUAUAUAGUGGAUCGCUUGAAAGAACUUAUUAAAUACAAAGGAUUUCAAGUUCCACCUGCAGAACUGGAAGCAAUAUUAUUAGCAUGUCCUGGCGUUAAAGAUGCAGCAGUGAUUGGAUUACCCCACGAAGAAGCAGGAGAAUUACCAACUGCUUUUAUUGUUAAACAAGAAGGAUCUAAUAUAACAGCAGAAGACAUUAAUAAAUACGUGAAUGAACGUGUAUCGUGCCAUAAACGACUUCGAGGGGGCAUCAAGUUUGUCGAAAAUAUUCCGAAAACUGCAUCAGGAAAAAUACUACGUCGGAUAUUGCGCGAUACAUUUAAAUCGAAAUUAUAAAUAGAUAUGGCAUUAACUA